AGAGAGAGAGAGAGAGAGAGAGAGAGUAUGAAUCCUCGCUUGCUAUCCCUUGGGCGAUCCUUCAGAUCAUCUCAAUCUCUUAGCAAGUCUUCUCUUCGAUCUGUAUCUUCAACAGCUUCUUCUGUUCAAUCCUCAAAACCUGAAUUCCCAAAAACUCUAUCGGGUUUGAAAGAACGACUGGCCAUUGAAUCACCUUCCCUUGCCGAUUUCAUACGACUUCAACAGAAUGAUGAGUAUUCGGCCGAGGUUGGAACAAAGAAGAAUCCCCUCCCCAAGCCGAAAUGGAUGAAAGAAUCCAUUCCUGGUGGGUCUAAGUAUAGUAAGAUCAAGAACAAGCUCAGGGAAUUGAAGCUUCACACCGUUUGCGAAGAGGCCCGGUGCCCUAAUUUGGGGGAGUGUUGGUCUGGUGGAGAGACAGGAACCGCUACUGCGACAAUAAUGAUACUCGGGGACACUUGCACUCGAGGUUGCAGAUUCUGCAAUGUGAAGACAUCACGAACUCCACCUCAGCCUGACCCAAAUGAACCUGCCAAUGUGGCAGAAGCGAUUGCAUCAUGGGGUCUGGAUUAUGUGGUGAUAACAAGUGUUGAUCGAGAUGAUUUACCUGAUCAAGGGAGUGGUCAUUUUGCAGAGACAGUGCAGAAGUUGAAGGUUUUAAAGCCGAGUAUUCUGAUAGAGGCUCUUGUUCCUGAUUUUCGAGGGGACCCUGGCUGUGUAGAAAAAGUAGCAAAAUCUGGCUUAGAUGUUUUUGCUCACAAUAUUGAGACAGUGGAAGAGCUUCAAAGUGUUGUUCGGGACCAUCGUGCUAAUUUCAACCAAUCUCUAGGUGUUCUCAAGAUGGCUAAAGAUUAUUCUCCUUCUGGUACACUUACCAAGACAUCAAUAAUGUUGGGGUGUGGAGAAACGCCUGAUCAAGUGGUUAAAACAAUGGAGAAGGUAAGGGCUGCAGGGAUUGAUGUCAUGACAUUUGGGCAGUAUAUGAGACCAUCAAAGCGCCAUAUGCCAGUAUCCGAAUAUGUAACUCCAGAGGGUUUUGAGAAUUAUCGAAUUCUGGGCAUGGAGAUGGGAUUUCGGUACGUGGCAUCUGGUCCCAUGGUCAGGUCCUCCUAUAAGGCAGGUGAGUUCUACAUCAAGUCCAUGAUUGAAGCAGAUCGAGCCAAAUCUUCUGAACUGCUUCCAGUCUCAUGAGAAAAGUGAGCUUCUUUGACACACUACACCCCACCAAGCCCUCAAUUUUUUUUUUUUGUUUUUCUUCUUCCCCCCUCCAU